CAAAAUUAAAAUCACAAUUAAACUAGCCCUACCAUUUAGCUCCCCAAACUAUACACCACAAAGCUCUCUUCACCCCGGCAGCUAUUUAACCAACCGUUCCACCUCAAACCAAAUUUCUCUCACUUUCACUUUCACCAAUAAGUCGCCGGAAUCUGACGUCAUCACACAAACAAUGUUCCCGCCAAAACCACAACGCCGUACUCAGUCGAUGCCACGUGGCAUUUCUCCUAAUCUGUCCGACAAAGUGAUCGUCGCCGUGAAGGCUGAGAAAGUGAUCACUAAGACCGCAUUAGCUUGGGCUCUCACUCACGUUGUUCGUCCCGGAGAUUGCAUUAUGUUGCUCGCCGUAUUUUCCGAUGAGAAAUCAGAGAGAAGGAGAUUUUGGGGAUUUUCGAGGAUGAGAGGAGACUGCCGGAGUAGCGAACGGACGAAUUCACAUGAUCGGAUUGGACAAAUCACGGAGUCUUGUUCUCAGAUGGUUCUUCAGUUUCACGAUCAAUUAGAUGUCAGGGUGCGAAUCAAGGUUGUCUCAGCUCUGUGUGCUGGUGUGGUAGCAGCUGAAGCGAAAAGCAAUGCAGUCAGCUGGGUCAUUUUGGACAAAAAAUUGAAGUUAGAGCUUAAGCAUUGCAUGGAAGAACUUCGUUGCAACAUUGUAGUGAUGAAGGGUUCCAAACCAAAAGUUCUUAGGCUAAAUCUAGGAUGUUCAGAGGAACUACAAACUCCUUUCUUUUCUGCCAAUUCAUCUCCUGUUUUGGAUAGUAGAGAUUUACCGGAUGAAAGAAUGAAGCAUUCUACUCCGGUGAGCAGUCCUGAGGAACAAAGAACAUCCUUUAUGAGAACUUCAUUGCUGAAUUCAUUGACGGAUCCAGACACAUUCCUUCUAUAUGAACGGAAUCCCCUGUAUGAAGGGCACAGUAGAGAAACAUUUUCACCGGUCCACAAGCAAAGUUGGUGUGAUCAUUCAAUAAAUGAGCUGCCCUCGUUUGGGGAAAGGAUAAUAACUCUUUCAACUGUUCCUAAAUCUCAAACUCGUAAUCAUAAAACAAUCCUUUGGAUUCCACAGAACGAUAUUAUUUCUGACAACUAUUCAGCGGUAGAAAACUGCAAAAGUACCUCACUUUCUGUCACUUCAAGAAAUGACAAACAGAAUUUUAUCGAGUACAAUCAAAACCUGAAUACCCAAAGAAUCAAGUUAAAUCGAGACAAUGACAUGGAUUAUCUCAACUCCAGCAUCAGAGAAGCAGUCUCUUUAGGUCGAACUUCCCCGAUACCUCCUCCUCUAUGUUCAUUCUGUCAGUGUAAAGCACCAUCUUUUGGAAAGCCUCCGAAACAAUUUCGCUAUGAAGAGAUAGCGGAAGCAACAAAUGGAUUCUCAGACACCAGUUUUCUAGCAGAAGGUGGGUUCGGCCUGGUUCAUAAAGGGGUUUUAAGUGAUGGACUGGUUGUUGCAGUAAAACAGCUGAAGUUCAUUGGAUCUCAAGCAGAUGCUGAUUUUCGUAGAGAAGUUCGAGUUUUGCGCUGUGCCCAGCACAGGAAUGUUGUGCUGCUGGUUGGUUACUGCAUUCAGGGAAAUAGGAGACUAUUAGUGUACGAGUUUAUUUGCAACAAGUCCUUAGACUUUCAUUUGCAUGGAACAAAUGAAACAGCUCUAGAUUGGAGCUCACGCCUUAAGAUAGCUAUUGGGACAGCAAGAGGCUUACGUUAUCUUCAUGAAGAUUGUAGAGUGGGAUGCAUAGUUCACAGAGAUCUCAGACCAAAAAACAUUCUCUUAACUCACGAUUUUGAACCUCUGGUUGCUGAUUUCGGGCUUGCACAAUUGUACAAUGAAUGGGAAGUUUCUGAAGAUGAACAUCUAGUUAGAAAUUCAAGGUAUCUUGCCCCAGAGUACUCCAAUGAUGGAAAAGUUACCGAGAAGGUUGACGUAUAUGCUUUCGGCUUGGUGGUAUUGGAGUUGAUUACUGGUAGAAAAACCAAUGACUUACAAUGCUACAGUGGUCAGCACCUUCUUCCGGGAAGCCUUUCCCCUACACCUGGAAAUGGACCGUAUCUUUCAGCAUUUAAAAAUCAGCUGCUCGACUCCAACUUGACCUCAUCUCAGCUUGAAAACUUCCCUUAUGAAUUACAGGCAAUGAGUCAUGCUGCUUAUAUGUGUCUACAGGAAGAUCCUCAUCAGCGACCUCCCAUUUCAAAGGUACUUAAAAUACUGGAAGGAGGCCGUGCCAUUCUUGACUCAAAUUCAUUUGGCAGUAGAAGUGGUUAUAUGCAGGGACCAAAUUCUAAUAACCAUCCUGUAUCAAAGAGACAUUCUCGCAGGCUUUCGUACUAAGAUUAUCGGAAAGUGAUUUCUACUUAGAGUGAUGUGAAGCUUAGAUUUUCUUGUAGUUGUUUUCCCUUAAUACUCCAGAAUUAAUAACUCCAACAGUCCAACCUAAGAUAGAUAAAGUUUGUCAUACAAUUCUAGUUACUUUUUGUACAAUCUGAACUUCUCUUAUUCUCAAUGUAUCACACUUCUAGUGUAUAUAGAUGUGAGUUCAUUCUUCCA